AUGCUAAACGACAACUCGACAGUAUUCUGGGGAUGCUUUCCAACCUCGUUGUCAACAGAUUCACGACCACAGUAUAAAAGGACAGCGAAGCUACGCGACCUCAUCUCGAACAACAGACACAAUGUCGCAUUCCUUCUGGAACAGAUCAAGAGUCUAUGCAAGAACAUGGGUCCAGUAUCCAACCCUCAAAGCCAGACCCGGCUCACCUCACUUGCAACACAAGAAUACUCAUCCUCAAGAGCCUUUGGGCUGAAUGUCAGACAGGAAUGCAACUGUUUGUACAUCAGCAAGCCUAAGUGGGCUACCCUGCUGUCUCCGACAAUGGCACGAACCCAGAUACAGGCAUAUGCAGAUAUCCUAGAAGCAGUACUGCACAAUCAGCAGCAAAUAUCUUCCGAUGUUAUUAGCACUCUAGGCAGACGAGAACUGACGAGUCUUUCGAAUUGGAAUGCCGUCGUUCCCCCGUCUAUCAGCCAGUGCAUGCACGACAUAAUUGGAGAGAGAAUGACACAACAUCCAGGACAACCCGCGGUUACUUCGUGGGAUGGCAAAUUGACCUAUGGUCAACUGGACAUUAUAUCCUCGCAGCUUGCAGCACAUUUAAUUCAGUUAGGGGUGGGAUUGGGCACGGCCGUUCCUCUCUGUUUUGAAAAAUCCGCAUGGACAAUCGUAGCAGUGCUCGCCGUCAUGAGAGCCGGAGGUGCAUUCGUUCUCACCGACCCGCAACAACCUGAAAGCCGGCUCGCUACAAUCGUGUCUGAGGUCGACGCGCACAUCCUGAUAACGUCUCAGAAACAAGCUGCUUUGGGAGCUCGAAUAGCGCAACAUGCCAGAAUUGUUACCGUCGGUCCCGACUUAUUCCAGACACUGUACACAAGUGGCUCUAUGACCUUAAAAAAGGUUCCGCCUACAAGUAUCCUGUACAUCAUCUUCACAUCAGGUAGCACAGGCAAGCCAAAAGGCGUUAUGAUAACGCAUGAGAAUUUCACUACUGGUGCAGUACCGAGAGCUGCAGCAGUGGGAUAUAAACCUCACUCACGAGUUCUUGACUUUCCAUCGUACGCAUUUGAUGUGAGCAUUGAUUGUAUGCUCUGCACACUGGCGAACGGCGGUUGCAUAUGUGUCCCGUCAGAUGACCAACGAGUCAACGACCUAAGCGGUGCUAUCCAGGCCAUGGAUGUCAAUAUGGCCCACAUGACACCCUCGGUUGCCAGAGUGCUGUCUGUCGACGACCUGGCGCGGCUGGAAAUUCUUGGAUUGGGUGGUGAAUCGGUCUCUUCUGUUGAUGCGGGUACGUGGAGCAAGAUCACUAAGAUCAUCAUUGCCUAUGGGCCAUCAGAAUGUACUGUGGGGUGUACCAUCAACAACGAAAUCGAUGUGAAACUGCCAUAUACCAGCAUUGGAAGAGGAGUUGGGGGUCUCGCCUGGAUCGUGGAUCCUGAAAAUCAUGAUAUUUUGACCCCAGUUGGCGCCGUGGGAGAGCUUCUCAUUGAGGGAUCGAUCGUUGGUCUAGGCUAUCUGAAAGACCCAGACAGGACUCGACAGGUGUUCAUUGAAGAUCCAAAAUGGCUGACCACUGGGUUCGGAAGCUUUCCAGGCCGGCGUGGCCGUCUGUAUAAGACGGGUGAUCUUGUCAAAUACGACCCUGCCGGCUCAGGAAACUUGGUAUUUGUGGGUAGAAAGGAUCGUCAGGUCAAGAUUCGAGGACAGAGAGUCGAACUUUCAGAGAUCGAGUAUCAUCUGGGAAAAGUUCUUCCGCAAGAUGUUAGUAUCGCGGCAGAGGUAAUUACUCCUGGAGGCAAAGGGCGAGAGCCAUCUCUUGUGGCUUUCAUCUCGGAGCCAAAGGAUAAACAGUUGUCACGGACUGAUGAUUCAGGAGAAACAAUUCACUUUUCCGAUGAAAUGCUUCGAACCCUGUCCAUAGCUGAGAACUAUCUUGUCUCGGAGCUCCCAGUCUAUAGCGCUCCAACAGCCUAUAUUCCAUUGCGCAAUAUGCCACUCUUGGUAUCAUGCAAGGUUGACCGGAAGAAACUGCAAGAAAUCGGAUUGGGAUUGACCCUGCAGACACUAUCAAGCUUCCGUACAAAAGUGUUUCCAAGUGGUGAACCAAGAACUGAAGCUGAACUGGCUUUGCGGGAUAUUUGGAAGGCAUUGCUAAGCAACGACAUGAAAGUCCGUGUCAAUGACAACUUCUUCGCACUCGGUGGUGACUCGCUCAAAGCAAUGAAGCUAGUUGCCGGGGCUCGAUUGAAAGGGUUUUCUCUGACUGUUGCUCAGAUCUUUGCCAACCCUACACUCUCGAGAAUGGCGUCAACUGCUGAGCGGGUAAGCAAAGCCAUCGAAAAUGACCUGCCACAAUUCUCGCUGCUUCCCCCAGACUGGCCACCGCAAGAGGCAAGGGAAGAGGUAGGAGCUCUGUGCAGAAUCAAAGGUCAUGAUAUCGAAGACAUAUAUCCUUGUACACCGCUUCAGGAAGGCCUCAUGGCGCUGUCGGCCAAAGUUCCUGAUGCUUAUAUUGCCCAAAGAGUGGUCAGGAUGGGAGAUCUCGAGUCGGCAUAUCGCCUCAGAGCCGCUUUAGAAGCCACAACGGUGACAUCCCCGAUACUGCGCACCCGGAUUGUUCAAGUCCCUGGGCGAGGUUUGAUGCAAGUAGUUGUGAGAACUCAGUUGGACUGGUCUUCAAGCAAUAGUCUUCCAGACUAUCUUCGGCAAGAUCGUGUGUUACCAAUACAGCUUGGAGACGCACUUGCUCGCUUCUGUCUGGUAAUUGAGGACGAUAGCAAAGUGCAUGUCGUGUUUACAAUCCACCAUGCAUUGUAUGACGGAUGGAUGAUGCCGUUAAUCAUUAACCGGGUCAACAGGGCCUACCAGAGACUCGAGACACCAGCAGCUACUCCCUUCAAAAAUUUCAUCAGAUAUAUUCUCGAGAGAGACAACAAAGAAUCGGAAGCCUUUUGGGCUGAGCAAUUGUGCGGAGCCACUGGACUACAAUUUCCUGUGGUGCCAUAUGCUGGCUAUCAGGCCAAGGCAGACUCACUGCUUGAGCAUCGAGUGGAGUUCCACAGCCGCCCUACGUCAAACACAACUAUCGCAACAGCCAUUCGUGCAGCAUGGGGCUUAGUGGCAGCAAGAUAUACUUCGUCCGAGGACAUAGUAUUUGGGGAAACAUUGACUGGGCGAAAUGCACCCGUUGCAGGCAUCUGGGAGAUGGAAGGGCCCGUCAUCACAACUGUACCAAUGCGGCUGCGCGCGGAUCGCUCCAUGCUGGUAUCCGACUACCUCCAAAGUGUUCAUGAGCAGGCUAUCUUACGCAUUCCACACGAGCAUAUGGGUCUCCAGAAUAUACGUCGACUCCAUCCGGAAGCUCUUCAGGCUUGCGAACUGCGGACUGGCCUCGUCCUGCAUCCCAGCUCCGACGAGGAAGAGGGAGCUGUAGAUACUGAUGUAUGUCCCGCAAAUGGGUUCGUUCCCGUGAAUGAUCGAGAAGCUGCUCAAGAAGCCUUGAAGUUCAAUUCUUAUGCUCUGAUGCUCGUUUGCGCUUUGGACAAGAAGGGCUUCCUCACAAUGGCAAGCUUUGACGCAAAUACUCUCGACAAGAUUCUUAUGCAGAAUGUAUUAGCGGAGUUUGGACGUACUGUGCAGGAGCUCUGUGAUGGUACGAUCGAGAGAAUCUCUGAUCUCUCCAUCAUGACUGCUGCAAACCCAAUUGACCUACACCAUCUAAGCCAAGGUUACCUAAAGUCUUUACCUCCUGGAACACAGCACCUUCUUCAGUGUCCUCCUGAAGAUAUAGAGCGAAUCUGGAUUGCAGAGCCGGACAAUCACCAUACCCUCUGCCCGAUGGGUGCUGUAGGGGAGAUUCUGAUAGAGACACGUCCAGACCAGCCACUCACUCUGAUUGAAAAACCACCAUGGCUUCUCGACAUAGCAACAAAUCCUGAGUCUGUCUCUACUUGCCUCUACGGAACUGCGCAGUUAGGUAGAUACCAAAGCAACGGCAAACUUAUCGUUCUUGGUCCAAAAGGCGCAAGUCUUCUCACUCCAGGCCCGAAGAACAUUUCAGGUGGCGUUCCAAAAGCCACGUCACUGUCAAAAAGUGGCAGAAUGGUCGCUCUCUCCCGUAUCUGGAGCAGGAUCCUUAACAUACCGGCAGAUACCAUAGACCAUGAAUCCGAUUUUUUCGCACUUGGAGGUGAAUCCAUUGCAGCCAUGAAGCUUGUGUCAGAGGCAAGAAUGGAGAACCUUGAGUUGACCGUGGCACAAGUGUUCGAGCACAGACAGCUGAGCGAUAUGAGCCGUAUCCUGAGAGAGGUUGCCGCCAGCAAUACCCAUUUAAUAAGACCAGUUCCGUUCUCAUUGCUUGAUUGCGUCGAUCUGGAUAAGUUUCUUAUGGAGGAAAUCGUACCGACUUUGGCUGAUCCAACCUGGGAGAUUCUAGAUAUUCUGCCCUGCCGACCCAUGCAAGAAAUUGCCGUGAGAGGAACUACUCAACUUCCGAGGUUCUCGGCGCGAUACGAGCUGUUCUACCUGGAAGACAAGAUUGACCGCCAGAGGCUGUUCAAGAGCUGUAAAGAGCUUGUAUCUCGCAAUGAGAUCCUUCGCACCAUCUUCACCACGUGCCGGGCCACUUGCUAUGGGGUCAUCGUGGAGAAACUAGACAUUCAGGUGGUGGAGUAUACCAUCGAGGGCGAUUUGGCGAGUUUUGUGACGAGGCUCUGUGACCUUGACAUUCAGUGUAAAAUGCCCGAAGGUGCUCCUUUCAUCCAGUUCUUUUUCGUCCAAGGGGAAGGCACCCGAAGUUGCUUGGUGAUGAGAAUAUCACACGCCCAGUACGACGAAAUCUGUCUCCCUCGGUUGCUACACCAACUCACAGCCAUAUACGAAGGAAAGACUGUCCCAGAGACGGUGGCGUUCUCGCAUUUUGUGUACCACACCGUCCGCCACAAUAUUCCCAAGGGCAUCUCUUACUGGCGACGUCUCUUACAAGGGUCAUCAAUGACCGCCCUUCGGCCGAAUAUCGAACUAUCCUCGAGCAAGCCAGCAGCGGUUGCUACGACGAUUGAUCUAUCAGGUCGACUCAAGACCAUUACUCCCGCAACCCUCCCAGCUGCCGCGUGGGCAUUGUGUCUUGCGCGCAGGCUCUCUGUGCGAGACGUGACAUUCGGAGAGGUUGUCAGUGGGCGCAAUGGCAACUUUCCAAACUGUUACAAGGUCAUGGGUCCUACUUGGCAAUACGUUCCGGUGCGAGUCAAAUUCGAACGGGACUGGACAGCGCUGAGCUUGCUCGAAUACGUCCAGCAGCAACACAUCGAUACUUCCAGGUAUGAAGGGAUUGGCUUCAGGGAGAUUGCUCGUGACUGCACGGACUGGCCGGAUGGGGUCAAUUGGUUUGACUCGGUGGUCCACCAGGACGUAGAGCAUGUCGAGACGAUAUCACUCCUUUCGACCAAGAGUCGUAUAAAAACGUAUUACCCUCAUCUUGAGCCUCUUCGAGAGUGGAAGAUACAGGUAUUCCUCGAAGGGAACUCAGUCCGAGUGGAGAUUGUUACAUUCGAGGACUGGAUGGAGUUUGCAACCUCGCUUUUAAAUGACCUGAGUGGGUGUUUCAGGCAAUUGGUGAAUGAGCCCGCUUCGGCGCUCUUUCAGGAAGAAGAAGGAAAGCAACGUGUGACAGGGGAGGUGGAGUGA